CGCGCAGGUUUUCCUUUCCCGUCGCCCUGGGUGGGCUCGCUCCCUCCAGCUCCUGUGGUGUGGAUGAGGUCUCGGCCUGUCUCUCUGCGGCAGGGCCGCCUUCCCCACGGCCACAGCUCAGCAGGGCAGCGUGGGUCGGUCGUGAGGCGUCCGCAGCCGCGCCCCGCGGAGACAGAGCGAUUCUUCUGCGUUUGAGGUUGGCCAUGAUGAAUAAACUGGAAUUAAAGGAAGACAAGAUGCUGAAGGUUCAAUUUGUGGGAGAUGAUGAUGUUCUUAAUCAUAUUCUUGAUAGAGAAGGAGGCACUAAAUUAAAGAAGGAGCGAGCUCAGCUUUUGGUCAAUCCACAAAAAAUAAUAAAGAAGCAGGAAUAUGAUGUGGAGGAAGGUGACCAGGAAGUAUUAAAGGAUCAGAACUACGUGGAGGUUUUGGGAAGAAACAUUCAAGAAUCUUUGAAAAAUGGCUCUGCUACAGAUGGUGGGAAUAAAGUUUAUUCUUUUCAGAAUAGAAAACGCCCUGAAAAGAUGGCUAAAUUAGCUUCUGAACUAGCAAAAACACCGAGAAAAAGUGUUUCAUUUAGGUUGAAAAAUGAUCCUGGAAUUAUAAGCAUUCCUCAGAGUAGCAAGGGGCAUUCUGCUUCAGACAAAGUUCAGCCAAAGAACAAUGACAAAAAUGAAUUGCAGUCUACACCACCUGGUAGUCUAAGAAAAAGAUUAAUAGUUCCAAGGUCUAAUUCUGACAGUGAAAGUGAAUAUUCAGCUUCCAACUCGGAGGAGGAUGAAGGGGUUGCGCAUGAAUCUGAGGACACGAAUGCGUCUGUGCUCAGCCAGAAGAUUCAGACUCAGAGUAGAGUGUCAGCUCCUGUCUGCAAAGGAACACCUUCUAAGAAAAUGAGAAGAGAUAAAACUUGUGACUUAGUGGAAGAGUACUUUGAAGCUCACAGCAGUUCCCAAGUCUUGACCUCAGACAGAACUCUGCAGAAGCUGAGGAGAGCUGCCCUGGAUCAGCAAACUCUGCGUAACUUACUAAGCAAGGUUUCCCCUUCCUUUUCUACUGAACUUAAACAAUUAAAUCAACAAUAUGAAAAAUUAUUUCAUAAAUGGAUGCUGCAGUUACACCUUGGUUUCAACAUUGUGCUUUAUGGUUUGGGUUCUAAGAGAGAUUUACUGGAAAGGUUCCGAACCACCAUGCUGCAGGACUGCAUUCAUGUUGUCAUCAAUGGCUUCUUCCCUGGGAUCAGUGUGAAGUCAAUCCUGAAUUCCAUAACAGAAGGAGUCCUUGAUCACGUGGGUACUUUCCGAAGUGUUCUGGAUCAGCUAGACUGGAUCAUACACAGAUUUAAAGAAGAUUCUUCUUUAGAACUCUUCCUUCUUAUCCACAACUUGGAUAGCCAAAUGCUGAGAGGAGACAAGAGCCAGCAGAUUAUUGGACAGCUGUCAUCUUUGCGUAACAUAUACCUGGUAGCAUCUGUUGAUCACCUUAAUGCUCCUCUCAUGUGGGACCACGCAAAGCAGAGCCUUUAUAACUGGCUGUGGUACGAGACCACCACGUAUAGUCCCUACACUGAGGAGACGUCCUAUGAGAACUCUCUGCUGGUCAAGCAGUCCGGCGCCCUCCCGCUGAGCGCCUUGACGCACGUCCUCCGCAGCCUCACCCCUAAUGCACGGGGAAUUUUCAGGCUGCUGAUGAAGUAUCAGCUGGACAAGCAGGAGGACCCCUCCUACACAGGGCUGUCCUUUCAAGACUUCUACCAGCAGUGUCGGGAGGCCUUCCUCGUCAACAGUGACCUGACACUGCGCGCCCAGCUGACGGAGUUUAGGGACCACAAGCUGAUAAGAACAAAGAAGGGAACCGAUGGAGUGGAGUAUUUAAUAAUCCCUGUUGACAGAGGAACACUGAUUGAUUUCUUGGAGAAGGAGGAAGAGGAGGCUUGAAGCUGUCCUCUGCCCUUGAGGCUUCCACAGGCGUCGAGUGCUCCAGCAUCUGCUCUGUGAAGCACAGCGUUUCCAACCACACUCCAUUCCUCCCCAGUGUGCAGGAGCUGCCACAGGGCAGCUGUGUCCACAGGACUGGUCCGCCAGCUGCCACCCAGUGCUCCAUUCUGCUACUCGGGCUGAGUGAUCGUGCCUUCUUUAUUGGUUACCUCUGGAGACUUUCUGCCGGAUGAAGUAUGCUCAGGGACUGUUUGAACUGGAUGUCUGUGAAUUCUUUUAUACUAGAGAUACUAGUCCUGAUUUUUUGAAGAGGGCCUUUAAUACUCCCUGAGCCGGUUGUGUGCAGUGUGCUUGUCCCAGAGUGUGAAAGUACACAGCAUCCCGUGUGUGUGUUCUGUGUGGGAGCCAGGGUGUGGGGGAGGCAGCACGUCUCAUAUAAAUGGAGGGGACUUGGCUGGGGACACAGCUGGGCUGAGGGAGCAGCAGAUGGAGUGCACCAGGCCAUCUGCCCAGCUGGGAGGCACGGGAACAGACAGGUGUGUUUGAACAGUCACAUCUGUGCAGUGACCUUCACGUGCAGACAGGAAGCCAGGCUAGAGAACAGAAUCCUCAAUUACAUUUGAAUGAUUGUUUUUGGAACAACAAAAAAUACAACACAUAGGUUCCCGCUGCCUGCCUUGCAAGCGCAAGGUCACGAGUUUGAUCCCCGGCACCAAAAAAAAAAAACCCACUUUAUUCUUGUAUAUUGAGGUUUUUAAUUUUCUUGAACAACAUGCAGAUGAAUAGCAUAUUAACACUUAGCUGAAAACCUUGCCUUCCCUGUCCAGCAGACAUGAAAGCAUGUAGGAUCCUUCCACCACUUUGAAAGCACUGAUCUCAGCCUCUGAAUACUCACACAGCCUGUCUGCUUAAGGAAAGAACACAGAGCUAAGUGUGGCCAUUGCUGUGAGCUUCUGGUCUUCACAGUCCCUGAAACACUUCACACUUGGAAAUGAAAUGUUUGUUCACAUGUAAUUAAUAAAAUCUGUGCCUCAUCAGCUCUCAUUCAUCUAUGUUUUAAACUUUCAUGAAAAUAUUUCCAAAAAUGCUUGACUUUUUGUUAAUUUCCUUGUGAUAUAUAAUUGAUUUUGUUAAAUCCAUUUAUGGUUAUAGUCUUAAAUACAACUACUGAAAAUGUCAUUUGUACAUGAAUUGAUUUUUGUUGUUUGGUACUGGGAACUGAACUCGGGAUCUUACGCUUGGGAGGCAAGCAGCGGAACCACUGAGCUCAAUCCCCAGCCCAUGAAUUGAUUUUUUUAGUUUUUUGCCAGUCAUAGAGUAUGUGACGAGCGAGUCUGCCUCCAUUCCCUGACCCCAGUAUUUAGGCAGCCAUGGACAGCAGCUUCUUCCAUGUUUUGAUGUCUGCAGCCAGUGGUGGCGAACCUAUGGCACACAUGCCACAGACAGGGUUCACCAUCACGACUCCACACAUAUGAAAGGUAUCUCCCUCUGUUUAGAAAUACAGUGGUAACAUGAUGGUUACUGGUUUGUACCUUGCUUUCUUGCUUGUCUUGUUUACAACUGUUAUAAAAAUAUAUAAAACUUACAGUGACCUAACAUGCAAAUUUUUGCAUUUGCUCUUAGAUAUCUAUGGUUUAUUUUUAUAAGUUUUGUGUCUAUAUACUAUUGAGAACAGUAAGUAUAUGUGAAAGAGUACUAUUAAUAAAAACAAAUUUGAGUAGAUCUUUUUUUAA